AUGUCCUUUUUAUCUAUAAGGAGCCGAAUUAUUCAGACGACGUGUUCUCACCUGUCUCUUGAGGAAGGGAGCAACGAUCCGGAGCUAGAGGCGCCUCUUCUCGUGAGUGCCCCGGAUCAGCGUACCUACAAGAUGGAAGUGGAAUGGAAGAACAAGAUCGGAAAGCUCUUAUGGCUCACAUGGUCCUUCGGACUCGUGGGAAUCGACAAUGGAAUCCUGGGGCCAAGUCUGCUGGACCUGCGUUCUCUGCUACAUGUUGACAUGUACCAAAUGAAUCCAAUUUUCAUUUGUCAAGGAAUUGGAUUCAUUAUCGGUUGCAUUAUAGCCGGAUUGCUUUCAGAAAAAAUCAAUCUCGACAUGUUUCUCGGUGUCUCCCUUUUGCUCGGUUCAGCCAAUAAUGUCUUCAUCCCUCUCACACACAGCAUCUACCUCAUGUCAACUUUCUUCUUUAUGCAAGGACUCACAAAGGGUCUUGUUGAUGUCAUUUGCUUGGUCAUCUGCCUCCGACUGUUUCCCAACAAACGCAACUGGCAAAUGCAGUUUGUCACGGUGGCUGCAUCCCUUACCUCAUUCCUUGUUCCAUUCAUUGUGGUCCAAUUCCAGAGCCGGCCCCUGGGACGGAUCCCAAAUACUCCUAAUCCACCAGCAUUCGAAGCUAUCCCUUCCCACAGCAACAGUAGCAGCACCCCCAAUGAAAUUCAGAUCAUGAGUCCCUCUCACAUUGAGUAUGCUUUUUUCAUUACGGCAGCUAUCAUGGUGCCACCGAUUAUCGCCUUCUUCUACUUCUUCAUCCGGGAUGGUUGCCAGGCAUCUGUAAAUGGUUAUGAAACUGAUGAGAUGAACCAACCUAUCGUUGACCAGAACAAAUACCCAUGGGAAAAGAAAUGGAAAAUGAUCGUCCUGCUGUUUCUUUUCCAUAUUCCUAUUUUUGGUAUCCUCCUUGCCUACAGCAACCUCCUUACAAGUUAUGGCAUCGCCAGUUCUUUGAAUUUUACGAAAGCAGAAUUAGGUCAAUUUUUCAUGGAUCUAUCUCAGUCUAUUUGUUUACUUUUCUUUCUUUCUUUCUUUCUUUCUUCCUUUCUUUCUUCCUUCCUUUCUUUCUUUCUUUCUUUCUUCCUUUCUUUCUUUCUUUCUUUCUUUCUUCCUUCCUUCCUUUCUUUCUUUCUUUCUUUCUUUCUGCCAGUUAAUAAUCAUCUACCACAUUAG